AUGGCUAUCUCCAACCACGGGUACGGCGCCAUCGCCAUGAUCACCAUCGGCACGCUCUACAACGCCGUGGCCAUGAUUCUCCCCAUGUGGACUGUCAACUCCACCGCCGGCCUCAUGAGCUUCUGCAUCGACAGCGAACUCACGAACACCAGCACCGCACUUGACCACUGCUUCUACUACAAGUUUGGCUCUGGAUACGAAGAGCUCUCCGUCAUCGACGAGAAGGUCUGGGCCGAGUACUCGCAGUACGCCACGUGCGAAGGCUACAGCAAGGCCGGCGAUGUGAGCGACGCCGAGCGUCUCAAGUACACAACGGUGCUGGCCACUGCCGCCGGUAUGGACGCCGAGCAGUUUAACAAGUUCCUGGACAAGUCGUGCGGUCUGCUGGGUAUGGCCACGAUGACCUUCGGCGGCAUGAGCAUGUCGAACGGCCUGAUGGCCAUCAUCGCGAUUGUCGGCGCUAUCACAUGCCGCAAGGGCGACAAGAAGUGGGUGGGCGGCGGCUUCUUCCUGGCGGGCGCCGAGCCUCUGGGCAAGAAGGACGACACGUCGCUGAAGACGGCGUUCUUCCUGAUGAUCAUCGCGAUGCUGCACUACCCGCUAGCCAUGUUCAUGUUCUGGAAGCACCUGCAGGAGCAGAACUCGACGAAGGAAACGGAGGACGACCAAAACACCUUCAUUCUCGAAGCAUCCGACAGCCGAGGCGGCUCCCGUGCUUACAUGUAG